AUGAACUCGGAUCAACAAGAACAGUCAGGCUUAUUGUCCGAAGACUAUGACGGCGACGCAUACUUGGAAUCACGGGAUUCUCCCCAACGACAUGAGGAUAACCAGGCCCUUGGAGGACGCAGCAAAGAUUAUUACAGGAUCAUUACUAUCCUUUGCAUUGCUAAUGCCAUGGUGAUCGCUUCCUUUCAAGUAGUUUAUCCCUUCAUCAACCAGAUGGUUGUUGAACUAGGAAUAGCGAAGGAUUCAGAUUCGGCGGGUUAUUACUCGGGGCUACUUGAGAGUGGACUUGCACUGGCCGGAUUUGUGACCACAAUUCCGUGCAGCUAUCUCAGUGAUGCCUUUGGUCGGAAGCCUGUUAUGAUUGCGAGUAUGAUCGGAACAAUGGUUUCCCUAUUCUUCUUUGGCACUGGGCGCAGUUUCCUAGGUAUCUUUGUUAGCCGAUGUAUUGGGGGCGCCUUUGGCCCGAACUGGACAUGGACUGGCUCAUUCACCAUAUUGGGCGAAGUAGCCGAUGCUGCAAGUGCUUCGGGAGCCUACUCAGCUAUCAAUGUGGCCUACUCCGUAGGGAACAUGAUAAGCCCCUCGAUUGGUGGGUUUCUUGUUCAUCCAAGUGAUCGUUUUUCAGCAUUUCAAGGCGAUUUCUGGAAGAAUAACCCCUUUGCGCUACCAUGUUUCGUUGGAAUAUUAUUAUCGGGAAUUACCGUACUCAUUAUAAUGAUUGCCCUUCCUGAAACUCUCCCCUCGAAAGAUGGUUGGACCCGUAAACGAGAAAGGCAGAUGUCUGUUUCAAUGCGCGCGAGUGUUUACUCGACCACUAGCACAGGACCAGGGCUGGACGGAUUUGUCAACAAUCCGGUUGGGAGCAUCUCGUUUCGUAGAGGAAGGCACGAGCGCGAGGCUACGGAUGACUCUGAGUACCAGGCCGCUUCCGAGUCCUUAUUGGCAACCAACGGACCAGUUUCGGUUUGGUCCGUGCUAACGCCAACUACAAUUCCCGUUCUUAUAACGAGCUUUGCCCUUGCAUUCCUUGCCGGUGCGUUCCCGUCUCGACUGUUCUCGAUUUAG